GUUUCAGGUUUUGUGGGCGUGUAGCGUAAUAUGAAUAUUAUGUUUUAACAGGCUAGCCGUCAUUACGAUCAUGACUAAAGGAGUCACUGAAAACUGUGGAGAAACACUUUAAUUGGAUGAUGAAGUACUGCAGACAGCACGGUCUCAACAUUCAAUUCCGACAAGUCAGUGAUGGUGGCAGUGUCACGUUCGGGACAGUCUGAUCGAAAUGGAUCUGGGGCAGACGUGUGUCCUCCUGUUGGUGACAAUGGGUACUCUUGCAACCAGACCUGUGAGUCUCACUCACAGUGUGAUGACGAAUUGUACUGCUGUGAGGUCGACUGUGGCAAAACCUGCCUGACCAGAUUUCAGGCAAAACAAUCGAAAGACUGUCCUCCACCUGACCCGGAUUUAGCGUGUGUCCAAUUUCUUCAUCGCUGCAACAACGACAAGGACUGCAGAGGGGACAAUGGUAAUGGCGAAGGAAAGAAUGGCGAAAGGGAGAAUGGCGAAGGGGAGAAUGGAAAUGGGGAAAGCAGUAAAGGGGAAAAUGGGGAAGGGGAAAAUGGCGAAGGAGAGAAUGGCGAGCGUCGCUGCUGUUUACACCCCAACUGCGGCAGAAGUUGUGUCAAGAGAUGGCUGCCACAAUCCACUGAGGGGACGAGUGAUAAGUGGAGGAGGAAGUAGUGAUAAAAGGGGGAGGGUGUAGUGAGGAGGGGAGGAGAAUGCAGGGAAGGAGGGA